AUGGGGAGCGGCAGCGUGAUCCACUGUAGGUGUGCCAAGUGUUUCUGUUACCCUACCAAGCGAAGAAUAAGAAGAAGACCCAGAAACUUAACCAUUUUGAGUCUCCCAGAAGAUGUGCUCUUUCACAUCCUGAAAUGGCUUUCUGUUGAGGACAUCCUUGCCGUUCGAGCCGUGCACUCCCACCUGAAGUACCUGGUGGACAACCAUGCCAGCGUGUGGGCAUGUGCCAGCUUUCAAGAGCUAUGGCCUUCUCCAAGGAACUUGAAGCUCUUUGAAAGGGCUGCUGAAAAGGGGAAUUUUGAAGCUGCUGUGAAGCUAGGCAUUGCCUACCUCUACAAUGAAGGCUUGUCUGUGUCUGAUGAGGCCCGUGCAGAAGUGAAUGGCCUGAAAGCCUCCCACUACUUCAGUCUCGCUGAGCGCCUGAAUGUCAGUGCUGCGCCCUUCAUCUGGCUCUUCAUCCGCCCGCCGUGGUCAGUGUCUGGAAGCUGCUGCAAGGCCGUGGUUCACGAGAGCCUCAGAGCAGAGUGCCAGCUGCAAAGAACUCACAGAGCGGCCAUACUGCACUGCUUGGGGAGAGUACUGAAUCUUUUUGAGGAUGAAGAGAAAAAGAAGCAGGCUCGUGAUCUGUUUGAAGAGUCUGCCAAUCAGGGAUGUUUGACCAGCUCGUACCUCCUCUGGGAAAGUGACAGAAUGACGGAUAUGUCUGAUCCUGGACGAUGCCUCCACAACUUCCGGAAACUCAGGGACUAUGCUGCCAAAGGCUGCUGGGAAGCCCAGCUGUCUUUAGCCAAAGCCUGUGCAAAUGGAAACCAGCUUGGACUAGAAGUGAAAGCAUCCAAUGAGAUAGUCUGCCAGCUCUUUCAGGCUUCCCACGCUGCUAAUAAGCAGGAGGUCUUUUCCGUGCAGAAGGGACUCAACGACACGAUGAGGUACAUUCUAAUCGACUGGCUGGUAGAAGUUGCCACCAUGAAGGACUUCACAAGCCUGUGCCUUCACCUGACCGUGGAGUGUGUGGACCGAUACCUACGGAGGAGGCUGGUGCCCCGGUAUAAGCUCCAGUUGCUGGGCAUUGCCUGCAUGGUCAUCUGCACUCGGUUCAUCAACAAAGAGAUCUUGACAAUCCGGGAAGCCGUGUGGCUCACAGACAAUACGUACAAGUAUGAGGACCUGGUGAGGAUGAUGGGAGAGAUCAUUUCUGCACUAGAAGGGAAGAUUCGAGUCCCUACCGUGGUUGAUUAUAAGGAUAUCUUGCUGACGCUGAUCCCUAUGCCACCAAGAACCCAGCACCUGUGCAGCUUCCUCUGCGAGCUCUCCCUACUGCACACCAGCCUGGCCGCCUACUCCCCAGCACGCCUGGCCGCAGCCGCCCUGCUGCUAGCAAGGUUGACACAUGGGCAAACACAGCCCUGGAGCACUCAGCUAUGGGACCUCACCGGGUUCUCCUGUGAAGACCUCAUACCGUGUGUCUUGAGUCUUCACCAAAAGUGCUUCCAUGACGACGUCCCUAAGGACUAUAGACAAGUCUCUCUGACGGCCGUCAAACAGCGAUUUGAGGACAAGCGUUACCAAGAGAUCAGCCAGGAAGAGGUGCUGAGCUACAGCCAGGUGUGCGCAGCUCUAGGAGUGAAACAAGAGAGCCCGGAACCCACGUCUUUCCUCAGCUCCGGGGACAUUCACACCUUCCUUAGCUCUCCUUCUGCAAGGAAAACCAAGAGGAAGCGAGAGAACAGCCUCCAGGAGGACAGGGGCAGCUUCGUCACCACCCCCACCGCAGAGCUGUCCAGCCAGGAAGAGACGCUACUGGGCAGCUUCCUGGACUGGAACCUGGACUACUGCUCUGGCUACGAGGGCGACCAGGAGAGCGAGGGCGAGAAGGAGGGUGAUGUGACGGCUCCCAGCGGCGUCCUUGAUGUCACCGUGGUGUACCUCAAUCCAGAAGAGCACUGCGGCCAGGAAUCUAGUGAUGAGGAGGCCUGCCUGGAGGACGAGGGAUGCCAGGAUCUGCACGCCAUGGUGCCAAGCACCCAGACACCUCUGGCCCUAGGGCCCAAGCCCCCUCUCUGUGGCAGCAGGGAACUGGGCAAGGACAUUGCAACCUCAGGGUACUCCUCCGUCAGCAGCGUGAGUCCCACAAACUCCGUGAAUGGCGGCCCUCCCCAAUCUACCUCAGCACACUCCCCAGGCAGCGACUCGAACACACUGCAUUGCCACCAUCAUGCCAGGAAGUCGUGUUUACAGUGUCGUCCCUCAAGUUCCCCAGAGAGCAGUGUUCCCCGGCAAGAGGUGAAAAGGAAAAACCUAUCUGCCCCCAGCGAGGAGGAGCAGGACACGAACUUGGGCUUCCUGGAGCUGUGA